AGAACAAACUGUUUUUAUCAGCAUCUUUUUACUCGUCUUCAUCCAUCCUUGUUUGCAUCUUGGGAGAGAGGAGAGGCAGUACGAGGACUGAGUCUAGUUGGUUGUGUUCUCUCAUCGUCACAGCCAAACGGCACUCUAUCUACGAGCAAAUAGGACGCCAACCAAUCCAGUUUUUUUCAAGUGUCGGCAAUCCACAGGCCUGAUGUCGUCUCCUCACCUCGUUGACUUACUCUUACUAAGUGACCACUGCCCCUGCCACCAUCACCCACUUUUGGUCGUCGUCUCCACCGUCCUUGGCCACUCGGUGGGCUAAGGACACACGUUGAAAUAUACAACACUUUGUCAUAUGUGGAGAGAUACGUACAAUAGAAAGUUUUCACAGCAAGUAUCAUCAUACACACCACUCGGCAUUUCGGCAUUUCGGAUGUUGUUAUUAGAUGAGUGAUUUGGAGUAUGAGCGAAGACUCUGGCCUCGAAUUAAAAAUGCCUUCCGUGUCCUGGUUGCUUUUACUUUUUCUCACGUCGGGGUAUGCGGUUUAGUCGUCGGCUACAUGAUUUGUGGUGCUUUCCUUUUCCAAAUGAUUGAGAAGCAGGAGCCCAACACUCAGUUGGAGGACGUACGGAAAAUCAGGAACGAGACAGCCAACGAACUCCUCUCCAUUGUGCUCAUGUUCAAUACUCUGGAGAAAGAGGAGUUCUUCAAGCUGGCGAACGCAGCCAUAAAAAAUUACACGGAGGAAAUCGUGAACGCCAUCAACCUGGGGUAUGAAGGGGAGCCGCUAAACAACCAAACGCACAGUACCUCUGUUCCAACGGAGAAUGUUUCUUGGAGCUUUUCUGGUGCAUUCCUCUACUCUCUAACUGUCAUUACCACGAUCGGCUAUGGGAACGUAGCGCCGAGAAGUCCUUGGGGGAAAAUUGCCACCAUCCUGUACGGCAUUAUAGGGAUGCCGUUAUUUCUCCUCUACUUGUCCAAUAUUGGGGAUAUCCUGGCACGCGGGUUCAAAUGGACCUUUGCUCGCUGCUGCCAGUGCAGAUGGAACUGCGUCAAGCCGAGACGCUACCUCGACAACGGUCAGUUGGACGAGGAGGCCGUUCCCGACGAGGAGGAGCAGAUCACGGUCCCCAUCUCCCUCUGCCUUGCCCUCAUGGUCGGCUACGUGUGGGGUGGGGGGCUCCUGUUCGCAAAUUGGGAGAAGUGGACCAUUUUGGACGCAUCCUACUUUUGCUUCAUUAGUUUGAGCACCAUCGGCUUUGGGGACCUGGUGCCGGGAGAUGCCAUCAGUUCAACCCCUGGGAGAGAGGAUGAGAUCCAACUUUCCUUUAUAUUAUGUUCUCUCUACCUCCUCCUUGGAAUGGCCCUGAUCGCCAUGUGUUUCCAAUUGAUGCAGGAGGAAGUUGUAGCCACCGUUCGAAAGAUUGGAUCCCGGUUGGGGUGCUCGCGAAAGUGAAAUUCUGCUUUCUCAGCUCAAACAAGGUGCCAACCAUGCCACUCCAACUACGCGAUCCGAUGUUUCAUCUCUGUGAGAUGAAGCCAAUUCAAGCCACCGUGCAAACCAAACGAGUGUCAGACAGAAAAGCCUUAAAUUCUCAUACAAAUUGUGUUCCGUGACCAAUAGUUAUCAUCUGCUGCUCAUUAAAUGUACUGGAUACAGUUAAUUUUUUCUAAUUGUAAAAAUAAUUAAGGAAUGUAUGUAUGUAUGUAUGUCAAAGAUAUUUAGAUGAUAAGUAACUGUAAAAAUAAUGUCGCCAUUAUUUCAUCGAUUAUCAGUUACAAAUGUAUGUAUGCUUGUUAUUUGUUUGUUUAUUUGUACAGUUAUCAUUGUUGUUGUUACAGACACGUCGUUAUUGCCAAUACUUCUUUUAGGUCAUGUACAUACAUAUGUAGAUACGAGGCUUUGUAAGUACCAUGUAUUUUAGCAGUAUUGUUUUUGUUACUCACUUUCCUCCUGCUUUCACCCCUUGUCACCAACCACAUACAGUUUAAGCACAUACAAUUCAUGAUAUUACUACCGUUAGGACCUGACCCAAGCCGAAAAAAUAUGACAGUCUGUGAAUAAAUUUUCCAGUAAUUCAACCUUCGAAAGAGGAGAAA